AUGAACAAUUUACAAACCAACCCGUUCGCGAAUAUCGGGACCACAAGCUUUAGCUUGUCACAAGUUCCUCAGCAUAUACUACAAAACUUGACCCCUGUUCAGUUACAAAUGAUACAACAGAAGCAUCAACAGUUGUUGAUGGAGCGGCAGGCUUUAAUGCAGCAACAGCAGCAGCAGCAACAGCAACAGCAGCAGCAACAACAACAACAGCAACAACAGCCGCAACAUCAUCAAAACCAACAACAUCCGUCCAUGUCUCAACGUCAUCAACCGGGGGAAUUACCGCAACAUCAGCGGCAACAUCAACAUCAACAACAACAACAACAACACCAUCUUCAUCAACAGCAGCAACAACAUCAGCUCAAGCAACAACAGCAGCAACAGCAGUUACAGCAACAGCAGUUACAGCAACAGCAACAGCAACAGCAACAGCAACAGCAACAGCAACAGCAACAGCAACAGCAACAGCAACAGCAACAGCAGCUACAGCAGCAACAAAUCACAGCAAACGCCGGGCAAUCGACCGCACUCCCUCAACAACUCAAUCUCGCCCAAAGAGCUCAGAUAUUGAAAGCUAAGCAGCAACAGCUGGACACUAAUCAGCAACAAGCAGCAUCGACUCCUACUGGUGUCCCAGCGCUCAAUCUACCUCCACAGAUUGCGCAGCUCCCUCCACACGUGCAGCAACGUGUGCUUAACAAUUUAAAACAACAAGCCGCAGCCAAGAACAAUCCUGCAGCAGUCGCAGCUAUUACAGCUGCGCAACAGCAGUUGGCUGGCAGAAUGUCAAAUCAUCAGUCACCUACACCCCCUUCCGCCCAAUUUCCUCAACAGCCAAUACCCCAAACUCCAGGGUUACCAACCCCGCCAGUGCCUCAGGCUUCUGUGCCUCUUCCAAAAUUCCAGACUAUUUUUCAGGAUCCACCCGAAAGGCAAAUGAGCUCGCAUAGCCAUUGGUCAGACAAAAUUGAAAGAGGGGAGCUCGAUAUCAAAGAACCAGAUUCAAAUCUUUUGAUUUACGAACAGACCCUGAAACGCGAUCGAGAAAAUGGCGAACAGCUCAUAAAGGAGAGAACUGGGUAUGAGCCUUUUAGCAAGUAUGGUUUUAGCCAUAAAGAGUAUCUUACAAGGCUUUUACAGGAUUUAAAUUACAUCAAGGAGGUGAAAGCAGCAAGAAUGAAAUCUAUUACUGCGACAACACAAGGGCUCGUUUCAAAGAGUAUAUGGGGGGACGGGUACUCUGGAUAUGGAAAUGGCUUCAGCAAUACAGUUACGAGCGUAUCCACUGGGCAAACAGGGCCGGAUGGGCGUCAAUCAACGCACUACAACGUGGGGGAAAUAUACCAGCAGGCAAUGUACGAGUCACAUGAAGAACUUGUGCCCGUAAGAUUGGAGUUUGAUGCUGAGCGCGACAACUUUUCGCUGCGAGACGUGUUCGUCUGGAACAAAAACGAGAAGAUAAUAAAGAUAGAAGAACUUGUGACUGAGAUGCUACGAGAUUACAGGUUUGCUCGCAACGACCAGUUUUUCGAGACAGUGGUGCAAAGUAUCAAGGAACAAAUAAAUGAAUUUCAGCCAGAUCCAUUCCUUGAAAACGAGGGAGAUAGGUUUGGAGGGGACGACCUUCGUAUCAAGAUCCAGUUAGAUAUAGUAGUUGGGCAAAACCAGCUCAUGGACGCCUUCGAAUGGGAUAUAUCGAAUCCAAGUAACAGCCCCGAGGAAUUUGCAGAGACGUUGAGCCAGGAACUUGAACUUCCGGGCGAGUUCUCCACAGCGAUUGCUCAUUCCAUAAGGGAGCAGGUUCACAUGUAUCAUAAGUCCUUGUCCCUUACUUGUUACCAGUUCGACGGGUCCACAGUAGAAGACGAAGAUAUCAGAAGCAGACUCCUGCCACUUGUUACGCUCAACGAAGUAUUUCGAAACUCCAUGAAUACGAAGGUAUUCACGCCUAGCCUUCUUAAGGUCUCGCAUGCGGAGCUUGAGCGGUUAGACAGGGAUAAGGAUAGGGACACUAGGCGUAAAAGGAGACAAGGCCGCUUCAACAGACGUGGAGUUGGACCUGGUACCGCAGUUACGUUAAAUGACGGCUCUUUACCUGACCUUUCUGACGUGCCGAAAACGUUCCGGAUCCCGGUACCUUCUACUAUCCUUCCAGGUGGGGUUGACUUAGGUCCGUCCGUGAAUUCCUACAGGACCGAAAGUUCAAGCGAGUACAUGGCGAGACCACCCGAACCGGCCUUGGAACAACCAAAUCCAUGUUGCCGAAUAAUUGACCACAACCCAGGCCAAUACUUACUUGUACGUAUCAAGCUUCCAUCCAAAACAGAUGGGGCUAUUAGUCAAGGUGUAUAA